CUUGCCCCCUCUUUGUCUAAGGUGAAGGUUCAGAGUUGAAAGGGCUGAUACGACGCUUGUCCCACAUGUGUUGUUGUUUUGUCUGAAUGUAUUCAUACACAUUUAACUAACAUGGGGAAGAAUACGAAGAAAGCCAACGAGCCAGUAAAAAGAGGGGGCAAGUCUAAACAGCACGCGAGCGAUAAGACGCUUAAGCGAGAUGGCAAACCAAAGAAAGCCAAAGAAAUGGACCAUCUUAAACACAUCCCGUUCAGGCUGCGCGAGAUAAUCAAGAGCAAGGAUCAAAUGAAAACGGGAUCCAUAAAAUCUAAAAAGCUAAGAGAAGCCAUCUCAUCCAAAGGCAAACCAGACGAGUCAGAGGAUGGAGAAAUCCCUGUGCCGCAUUUUAAGAGGGGAAAGCAUGAAAGUGAGAAGGCAUAUCUGCGGCGCAUGGACAAUGCGGCCAAACAUGUGCUGUUUCUUACUAAGAACCAGGUAGACCGAAAGCCUGAGCUGGAUGCAGACCAACAGGAGAGGCCUGUCGACAAGGGCAAGUCUGUGAAAAAGAAGGAGUAUGAUAAAGGGAGACUACAGAGACUACAGCUGAAAAAGUUGAACAGAAAAGAGGACAUGAUGGAAAAGGAGAUGUUUGUAGAUCAUGUUCCAUUUGGGGAGGUUUCCAUGGCCCCCCCGUCUUUGAACAUCAAACCUAGGAAAGCUCAAGGCACAUCAAAGAAUUCUACAAAGGGACUGCUUCUGAACUCUCUCCUAGGCAAUGCAGUAGUAUCCACAGCUAAGCCCUCUAUGGCCAGACAGAGAAUCAUGGAGGAGGAGAGGGAGCGAGCAGUGGAGGCCUACCGUCAUUUGAAGAAACAGAAACAGCAGCAGCAUGUGGACAUGACUGCCAGCCAGGCUGUAAAACAAAAACAUAAAACCUAGAGAACCGCCUGUGAUGAAUCACAUCAGUUUAUUUGGGGAAUAUAAUUCCUUAACUACAGUGAGAGUAACUGCACUGAACAGAGAUGUUCAGAAACUGAGACAGAUUGUAAGAUCAGCAGACUCUGGGUGCUAUAUGCCAGAGGGUUACUGUAAUUUACCACAGUGAAGCUAACCAUCAGGGAAUGAAGCAAACAUUUGCAUCCACAGGCCACAGUUGAGGUAAGUUAAACCUCCCCCACUUAAAUGAUCACAGUUCAACAGAGGAUUGGACAUUAUAAUGAUUUCGUGUAGCUCAUCACCAUUCUGUGAAGUAUGUGCAGAUGGGGAGCUGUUGUUGACUUCCUAUCGUUGUAUUUUCGACUGACAUAAUUAGUGUUGUGAUAUUUGGACAAUAAAAUUUAUAAAGGUUUUAUCAAGGAAUAUUCUGUAUCAAUCCCUGAUUGUUUUCUGUAGUGCCACUAGAUGGCAGUGCUUCUCUUGUGAACAUGAGUUGGUUCCACAUAUGGGAGGUUGAGGCAACAUAACAUAUAAAUGUAUUUUUUGGUUGUAUACCAUUUCAUCGUUUACAUGUAGGUUUAAGGAUAUGUUAUGCUGUGUCCUGCAAUAGGUCAGAGCAGAAUUCAGUGCAGUUUAUACUAGUAAGUAAAAUAAAAACAACGAAAUUAAAGUAAUAAAUCAAUUUUUACUAAGUCACAUAACUGUUCUGAAGCUUUUCUGAGCAUAUUAGCAGCUGGAAAUGUACAUUUUUUUCCCCCCCUGAGCAAUAAAAGGGUUUGUCACAGAGUAA